GAACAGUUACUAAAGUUACACAGUCACUGAGGAGAAGGACGUUCCAGCCAGAUGAGCACGACUUCUGUAAAGACAUCGGUGGCAGGAAAGGGUUUUUCAGUAAACGUCUCAAGGGCUCCAUCAAGAGGACGAAGAGUCAGACCAAACUGGACAGGAACACCAGCUUCAGGCUGCCCUCGCUCCGGCCCGCGGACGCCGACAGAUCUCGCGGGCUCCCCAAGCUGAAGGAGUCGACCUCCCAUGAGUCUUUGCUGAGCCCGGGCAGCGCGGUGGAGGCUCUGGACCUGAGCAUGGAGGAGGACGUGUUCAUCAAGCCUCUGCACAGCAGCAUCCUGGGACAGGAGUUCUGCUUCGAGGUGACGUACUCGGGCGGCAGCAAGUGUUUCAGCUGCACUUCGGCCUCAGAGAGAGACAAGUGGAUGGAAAACCUGAGGAGGACCAUUCAGCCCAACAAGGACAACUGUCGGCGGGCGGAGAACCUGCUGCGUCUGUGGAUCAUCGAAUCCAAAGACCUGCCGCCGAAGAAGAAGUAUUUCUGCGAGCUCUGCCUGGACGACGUCCUGUACGCCCGGACCACCAGCAAGACUCGCCACGACAGCCUGUUCUGGGGCGAGUACUUCGACUUCUCCAGCCUGCCCGCCAUGCACAGCAUCACCGUGCACAUCUACCGCGACGUGGACAAGAAGAAGAAGAAGGACAAGAACAACUACGUGGGCCUGGUCAACAUCCCGGUGUCGGGCGUGACGGGCCGGCAGUUUGUGGAGAAGUGGUACCCGGUCAGCACGCCCACCACCAGCAAGGCCAAAGGAGGCGGGCCGUCGAUCCGCAUCAAGUCCCGCUUCCAGACCAUCUCCAUCCUGCCCAUGGAGCAGUACAAGGAGUUCGCCGAGUUCGUCACCAACAACUACACCAUGCUGUGCUCGGUGCUGGAGCCCGUCAUCAGCGUCAAGAACAAGGAGGAGAUGGCGUGCGCCCUGGUCCACAUCCUGCAGAGCACCGGGAGGGCAAAGGUCAGAACUCAGCGACCAAUCAGAACCCUGCCGGGGAAUUAGUUUUCUUUCAGGGAGUCGGAUGUUCAGCUGGAUGCCGCUCUCACGCCUGUACGGGAAAUAUAAAGCUGCAGCAGGUUAGCUUAGCUUAGCAUAAAGACCUGAAACGGGGAAGCAGCUGAUGUGGCCCAGACCUGAGAGAGGGAUCGAUCAUCUCAGCUAACUCUGAGAAGGAGCCAGAUAAAC